AUGAAAAGACCUCAGAGCAGUGGUGGAAGUACAAGGAGGCAAGCAAUUCCCGCCCAAUCAAGUACAACUACCAACAAUACAACAACAUCAUCAAAUAUGAGAGGUAAUAGAAGUACAACACCUCAACAACAUCCACUUUUAAUUUCAUCAUCAUCAUCAACAUUAGGAUCAUCCUCCGAUUUAAGUAUCAAAGGAAUUGGUAAUAAUAAUGUAAAUACAAAAGUAAAUUCAAGUGAGGAAAGAUUAAGAUUGGAGGCUAAAAAUCUAAUAACUAAAUGGACAACAAGAGAACAACAAGAUAAUCUUCAAAUUAAAGAUAAUUUAAUAUUAAAUACUAGUCUUAAUAUGAGUAGUAAUAAUUUAUCAUCAUCAUCAAUUAAAAGAACAACAUCAUCAAUUAGGAAUGAAAAUCCACUAUUAAAAAGUACUAAUCCAAUAACAACAAAAUCAAUUAUUGAAUCAACACUAUCGGAUGAUCAAGUAUCUGCUAAUCAAUUAUUAAAUACACCAUUAAUGGAUAAAAUUAAAGAUAAAAGACCAUCUGAAUUAACAAGAUGGGAGAAAUUAAGACUUUCAAUGGAACGUAAAAAGAAUGUUGUUGUUUUAAAUGUUUUAGAACCAACUUUUGAAAGUAAAAUUCAACUUGUAAAAAAUGAUUUAAACUCUUCCGAUAAUCAACAACAUCAACUCAACCAUGAUGAAUCAAUGUGA